AUAAAUAAAAAAAUUAAAAAAAACCUAGGGUUUCGUAUUCUCUCAACCAUCUAACUUCCAAUUUUCCCCAAUCAUUUUCCACGAUUUUCACGAACGAAUUCGCUCCCGCUUUUUCCUCCUACAUAAAACUUUUCAGCAAAUUUCGUCUCUGGCUAUCGGCGCAAGUGCCGACCCCCUACGGGCCCUUGAUUUCCGCGUGAAAAAUCGUUCAAGGGUCCAGUUGUCGUUUACUUUUAUCUCAGUAGACUUAUAAUUCGCCGGGGAAGUGAAACUUUGUGUACUGUAAACGAUCGGGUUCAGGAAUCUUCGAUCGGUAGGUGUUUUUUUUGUUACUUCUAGGCUGAUUUGAUGAACACCUGCUCUGAAUAUGGAAUCUGAGAUUGAGCAGCCUGCGGCGACUGUAGUCAAAUGGUGUGAUUGUGGAUCUGAUUGUUGUUCUGCAAAACUUGACAAUAUUGGGCCAUGGAUACGUACUACUAAAAGAAAAGUUGAUGAGAUAGAUGACAAUAAAUUCAUCAUACCCGGUCUUUCAAUUCCACAAGUGGCUCGUGUCGACAUUGGAAAUGAAUGUGCUGCUCUUCGAGAGAUGGUUAGUAACCAACAACAAACAAUUCAAGAUUUGUCAGAUGAACUAGAUGAGGAAAGAAAUGCAGCUUCCUCAGCUGCUAACGAGGCCAUGUCAAUGAUCUUGAGGUUACAGAGUGAAAAAGCUGAAAUCCAAAUGGAAGCCCGCCAAUUCAAACGCUUUUCAGAGGAGAAGAUGGCUCAUGAUCAAGAAGAGCUCAUGGCAAUGGAGGAUUACUUGUACGAAAAAGAACAGACCAUACAAGCUUUGACUUGUGAGAUCCAUGCAUAUAAACACAGGAUGUUGAGUUUGGGUCUCACAGAAUCUGAAAUAGAAGGGGACAACAAUGGUUUACCACUCAUUAAUAGCAGUGAAGCAAACUUAGAGAACCAAUUUGAGUACAAUUACCCUCCUCUAAAAUGCAGUGUGAAUGAACAUCAUGGUGAUGCAGAAGUUGAGAAUGAAACAGCUGAUAUAGAAGAAAGGAUUGAUGAAUUGGAGAGAAGUCCUAAGCAUAGUCCAGUACGCGAGAUAUAUACUGUUGACACUAUCCGUAAUGAUGCAUCUUUUGAUUAUGAUCCGAAGGCUAAUCUUGCUACAUAUGAUGAUCUUAAUGAUGCUAGAAAUGAGUCAUCAUAUGGUGGUAUUGGGGAUACAGAUGUUAAGAAGUUGUAUGCAAGGCUUCAUUCACUUGAGGCAGAUAGAGAAUCCAUGAAGCAGGCACUGAUAUCCAUGAGGACUGAUAAAGCACAAUUGGUAUUGUUGAAAGAAAUUGCUCAACAUUUGUAUAAAGACAUGGCACCACCACCAAGCAGGAUGCCUGUUAAGAAGCCAUCCAUAUUUAGGAAAUUUUCCUUUAUCAUGUUGUUCAAGUGGAUUGCAUCAUUUCUUUUUUGGAGGAGAGCACAUCGAAGCAAAUACAUGUUUGGUAUGUCGGUGAAUAAUGUGGGCUUGCGAAUGGUGAUAGACAAGGGACCUCAGAUAGGGCAAUGGAGGUGUCUUUCAAGAACGCGGUUCUUGAAAUAUUGAUCUCUAGUUUGGAGCUUAAACCUGGUUUGAACAUCUACAUCACACUUUGAUUUUUAGUUUUUUUUCUUAGAAAAAAUUCCGAUUAUUUUCUUCUUAUGGUAUUUCUUGGUGAAGUGGGUUUGCAUAUGAUUUGUUGAGAAUUGGAGUGGUUUACAUGUUGAUUAGUGUUGUGGAUACAUAUGUAGUGGUAGGAGAUUGCUGGCUUGUAAGAUUGCAAUGUUUGAUGCAUGAAUAUAAUGUGGAAAUUAGCUUGUGUUUGUUCAA